AUGGCUGCAAUUCCCGCCGGAUCUUCUGUCGCCUCUUGCUGCAGCACGAAUGAGAAGGAAGCGCAGGCAGGCUCCUCAGGGGUUAAAAACGACCCAAAAGACGGCCCCGCGGCCGGCGGCGGCGGCGGGAGCAGCAGCGGCUCGGUGGUGUGGGGCCACGUGGAGGAGCUGGCCAAUGAGGUGGCAGAACUGAAGAGACGGCUGCAGGAGGAAGAGGAAGAAGGGCGGCGACUGCGCAACGAGGUGAAGCAUCUCCGCAGCAGCAACCACGAUCUGAAAAUCAUCCCGCCGCGCUCUCCCCGCGCGGCGGACCCGGUUACGCCGGCGCUCCUCGCGCAGUCCAUCCGCGCUUCGUUCAUCGAGCCCGCCGCCGACAGUCCGUGCCCAGACGGCGGCAACGGCGGCGGCGGCGGCGGCGGCGCGGGCGGCGCGAACCUCAGAAGAUCCGUCUCCCUCGGCCGUGCCGAGGGGGUGUCUGCCUACGCCCGUCACAUGGCCGCAGCGUACACGGCGAACAACGGCGAAGGCGAGGGCACCGGAGCGAAGGCGAGUGGUGGUGGUAACCCGGUGUGGGUGAGUGGCGAGCAGUGGGUGCACACUCUCUCCUCUCCGCGUCACAGCAUUAACGCCAGUGAAUUCGGCGUGUUGCAACUAGGAGACGAAGAAGACGGAUUGAGACGCUCCUCAGGAACUCCGCUCUCUCUCCUGCUCUCCCUCUCUCGGCCUCUCUCCGGACCUCUGCCGAACCACUUGCAGUCGGGUCGGGGAUCGUCGAUUGCUGCUCGAAGCGCGAAUGACGGCGCUGCGGGGAAUUCCCCUGUCGGGCUUGGGGUCAGCCCGAAUGCGAAGCUACGCGCGGGCAACAUGAUUGUAACGGGGCUGAAUGUAACGGACGCGAACGGCGUCGCGAAAACGAUCAAGAUGGAGCAGCUCGUGACUGCCGAGCCUACGACGCCGAGCCGACCUCCGGUCUACCAGGGUCGGCCGAGCCUGGAUAAGAAACGGCCGCCGCCAAUCAAGGGCAUCCCGCUGCCUUGGGAUUCAAUGGACGGCGAGGAUCUAAAGAGCCAGAGCGGGCUGGGGAAUUCGGGGACGGCGGAAGGCGGAGGCGGAGCGGAGAUUGCGGGGGAGAAGAGCGUUGGCGGAAGGUCAUGGGGAAGCGGAAGAUCAUGGGGAAGAGUGGGAAGCGUGGGUGGACGUGAGGGGGAAGAGGUGGAGGGGGAAGAGGGGAAAGCGGAGGAAAGCGGAGGCGAGUCCGGGGAGGGAAGCAUGGAGGCCAAUGCGUCUGAUGAUGACGAAGGAAGGAGGGACGGAAAGAAAGAUAACAAUGAGAAGCACGAGAGGCAAGCUGGAAAGAAGGGGAGUGAAGAAGGAGGGGAUGGGGAGAUAGAACAGCUGAUGGCGCUGGUGGAAGCGAGAGAGAAGAGAGAGACAGGCGCAAGGAGAUACACCGCCGCGUCCCCGUCCGCCUGUGCAGCCAAAACCGCUGGUACUGCGUCUGGUGAUAAGACCAAGACUUCUGUUGCUGCCGCCGCUGCCGCUGGUGCCGCUGGUGCUCUUGCGCGCGCCAGCAGCGCGGGCAGCAGAGGGAAGGCGGCAGGCGCAACAAGGGGGCGCAGCGGAAGUCCAGUGUUGCGGCGGAGCAGCAGUAGCGGAGCAGGUUUUGGCUCUUCUUCCGGCACCAACCGCGCUGCCGCCUCUCCCCGCGCUGCUUCUCCGCGCGCUGCUUCCCCUGGGGGGAACAGCAGCAGAGGUACCGUCCCCCGCACGACCUCCUUCCGCGCGUCUUCUCCUCGCGCUGCUUCCCCUAGUGGCGGAAACAGCGUGACGAGGGGACGACUUUCCAGGAGCGUCUCGGAUAAGCACAGGGCUGGUGUAGGCGGUACUCUCGAUAGGAACGAGCGUAUCGGUGUAUUAGGAACGCCAAGAUCUCCCCAAACGGCCCGACAGACCUCGACUAGCCCCAUGUCCCGGCGUCCGCUGGAUUUUCCUUCGGGCAGCCCGGGAAGCUCUGGAACGGCCCUGAGAGGGCGGGCAGGUUCGAAUAAAUCUGCGGGGUCUGGUUUAGAGAGUCCGGCGGCAGGCGUUGCUGCCAAUGAGGAUGUGACGCGUGGCAAGAAACACAGUGAGGCGGAGGAGGAAGAGGAGAAGCAGCAGCAAGACGGAGAGCGCGCGGAAGAGGAGGGCUGCGCGGAGAGGGGCGAAAAGACGGAGGAACAGCCAAAGCAAGGGAAGGAAGAGGAGGAGGAGGAAGAGUGCGAGGCGCCGGCGGCGGAGAAGGGGGAGGAGGGGGAGGAGGAGAAGGGCGAGGAGGGAGAGGGGGAGGAAGGGGAGGGGGAGGUUGACGACACGUUCACUGAGCUCCGAGACGACGACGGCCCCUCCGUGCCCCUCGCACGGCAGCGCAGCGACCGCAGUGCCGGCAGCAGCAGCAGCGGCGGCGGCGGCGGAAGGCGGAGCGCUGGAACAGGCGGGGGAGGGGCAGCGGAAGGAGAAGAGGAGGAGAAUGAAGAGGGUAAUCUACCCAUGAGGCGCGCGGAGACGGUGGAGACGGGGGAUAAUAUCUUUGGCGAUGAUAUCGAUGAGGAAAUUGAGAUGGAGGGCGUGAAGGGGGGCGGCGGAGGAGGGGGCGCGUUGCGCCGAUCGGCGUCGUUCGGAAGCAGCUGCCGGGCGGCUGCGGGCGGAGGAGGCGGGGAAGGCGGAGAAGGCGGAGAAGAGGGGGCGGAUGUGCGGGGAUCGCGGGAGUCCCUGUGUCGCAGCGCUAGUCUGGGGGGAAGGCGGAACCCCAGCGCAACGCCUCUCGCCGCUGCGUUGGAGGCAUCUCGCGGCCAUGCGGCGGAAGGGAAGGGGGAAGGUGAGGGCCCGUCGCUUCAGCGGCAGAACGUGUUGCGGGGGAAGGGUGCGGAAGAGAUGGAGAGGGAGAGGCGCGGGGAAGGCAUGCUUAUGCCGUACAGGAUGGAACAGCAACUCCAGCAGCAGCAGCAGCAGGAAUGGCAGGCGCAGCAGCAGCGGCAAAUUGGGAAUGGGCAAGAGAAAGUUGUGACUGACGCUGCCAUGGUCAGCAACAGCAGCAGGCUUCGCCGCUCUGUGUCUGCUGACGUGGGUGACGCAAUGCUGGUGACUCUAGGCGGCGCCUGUGACUAUAAUGGAGGUGAUACGACUGAGAACAGCAGCAGCAGCCACAGGCGCUUCUACAGCCAUGGUGAAUUUAACGAGGGCGGCCACAGUCACACCCGCAACAAGCACAAGCAUGAGCAGCACGAGCAGCAGCAGCAGCACAGCAAGCAGAGCAUGUUCCAGAGGCUGUUUCAGAGGGCUAAAAAGAGCAUUACCGGCAGCGGUAACACACGGAAUCAUCAUCAUCACCAGCAGCAACAAGAGCUUUCCCUGGGCGCGGGUGCAGGGAAAAAGGGCCCUGCAAGGACUAUGUCAGAUGGUGCUGUUGGCAUUGACGGCUGGCAGAAGCAAAGCGCAGAGCCUUGGGAGAAUUUGAGUCAGGGUAUGGACGGUGGGGGAGCGGGGCGGGGAAGGGGAAGGAGGGAAUGGAACCAUGAUGGCAGUGCGGUAGAGAACCCCCCAGGAGAGGGGCAUAGGAGCGAGGUUUCGUGUGAUAGCAGCGGAGGUGGUGGUAAGAGGAAGGAGGUGAGGGAGGGAAGCGAGGACGGAGGUGGGAGAGAAAGAGGGGAAGCGUCAGCGCAUGCUAAUGUGGGCAGUGCGGGUGCUUCUAGUGCUGCUGCUGCUAGUGCUGCCAGUGCUGCGAUAGCUUCUGUUUAUGGAGGGCAUGGUGACACUCCCAACACUCCCAACACCUGGCGUGGUGGCAGCAGCGGUGGCAACAACGGCGCACCCUCCUCCUCCUCGCCCAGCAAGAUUGAUCCAAUCAUCCGUGCGCUCAACUACGCAGCGGUUACAGGCCGGUUACCACCCGGCAUGGCUCUGGACGCUAUCUCAGAGGAGAGGUCCAGUGCGCUGCUCUCCUCCGCCAUCCCCUCCCCCUGCGCGUCCGUUCAUAACUCCCUCCACCUCCUGCCCUCGCUGCCCUCCCCAGGUGCUCCGCAUCCCUCGCAUCCCACGCGUUCCGCUGUGCAUAAUACCCCCCUGCAGCGCCCGCCGUCGCCCUCGUCCGCCCGUGGUACCCUUCGUUCCGAAGCAGGCGGGUCUGGGAAAAACGCCCUGCAGAUGUCGGGGGAAAUGCUUCCCCCUCCGCAUGUAGCCAUGCCUGGCGCUGCUGCUACUGGUGCUGCUGCCGAUGCUGGUUCUGCAGCCGCUGGUGCCGAUGCUGGUGGUGAUGCUGGUGCUACUGCUCCUCACUCCUCCAAUCCAACCACUCCUCGUCUCUCCCCGACCAGAGGGAUCGGGUCACGUGGCACCCCCCUCUCCCCUCUCUCCCCGCUCUCCCCCACUCGCCCCUCCCCAUCCUCCCCCAUGAGCCCCAUCUCCCCCGCUACCACCUCCCCCAAUCCAAUCCCCAUCCGCCACGUCAUUCAACGGCAGCAGCACCAGCAGCAGCUCAAAUCCCCCCGGGCGCAACAGCAGCAGCUGAAAUCCCCACGCUCACAGCAGCAGCAGCAGCAGCAGCACAGGAAGCCAGGGCAGCAGCUGCAGGUGAAGGCAGGUCAGAAGGCAGGGCAAGGCAGACCCAGCCAGGUGCUGGUGCAGCGGCCAGGCAGCCUCAAGAGCCCCGCUGCUGCUGCCAAAAGCACAGCCGUGAAGCAGGCGCAGGGGCAGGCGGGGGCGCAGAAAACACUGGGGCAGGGGGCGGUGGCAAAGGCACAAGGUCAAGGCGCGCUGAAGGGGAAGGAGAAGGAGAAGGGGAAAGAGGAGGGGGGGGAAGGGGAGAAGGAGGCAGGGGCACAGGAGCGGUUGCAGGCGCACAUGGAGGCACAGAUGAAGAAGAGCCCGCACUACCUGCAGCAGCAGUUCUACCAGCAACUCAAGCAACACCAGCUGCAGCAGCAGGCGCUGAGGAGACAGAAACGUGCUGCUGCUGCUGCUGCGUCCGCUGGGAAGAGCAGUGCAGCAGCAGUGCCAUCAACGCCGUCAGCAGCAGCAGCAGGGCAGGCCGUGGUGGGGUCAGCAGGAGCACGAGGAGGAGGGUCUCGCCCCACCACCCCCACACGCAACAGUGCUGCUGGCAGUGCUACAGCUGGCUCUGGUGCUGGUGCCAGUGCUGUCUCUGCGGCUGUUGGACAAGCUUUCUUUGUCGGCCCAAGCAAAGGCGCAGAUGGGAAAAUAGCUCGCCAGAGCUUCCAGCAGCAGCAGCAUCAUGUGCAGAACAGCAGCACCGGCAAUGUUUUAAAUAGUAGUAUUGCUGGAAAUAGCAAUCAGCACAAUGGUCCAGCCACCAGCACCACCAGUGGCUCCUCCUUGGCUGGUUCGUCCAGUGCUGCAGGCUCGGCGUCCCGAGCAGGCUCGGUAGCCUCCAGGGGAGGUUCGGCAGGUGCUGGUGGCGGGCUGCAUGGCAUGAACAGCAGCAUGGGAGGAGGUGUGGGAACGGUGGGAAUGGGAAUGGGGGGAUUCAGUGCGGUUGGCAACGGUGGGAUGCAGGGCAGUGGGGUACACGUCAGCCAGACGAACAUGAAUGCGGCGACUGCAGCAGCCAUUGCAGCGGCGGCUGGGAGCAUUGUGAGCGGCACGGGCAGCUCUCAGAGCCGCUCCUGCAGCCGCACCUCCAGCAUGCGAUCUGAGGUAUGUUGGGUGUGCGCGGGGGGAGGGAGGGGCGGGGUGCAUUGUGAGAGCAUAUGA